UAAUAGAUGAAGAUAUCUAAAAACGUGUCAAGGAUUUGUCACCACAAAUAUUGUCAAUCUAUGAUGUCCAAGUUUUCAUUAGUUAAAUGCACUUCGAAGUGCAUAUUUUUAAACUAUCAUUUUUUACUUUCACCUUAAUCGUGGCUAUGCAUUCGACACCAUAAAUAUUGCCAAUCUAUGAUGUCAAAAUUUUCAUUAGAGUAAUGCACUUCGAGGUGGAUAUUUUCAGGUUUACAAUUUUUCUAUCAGCUUAAUCGCGGCUGUAACCUCUUGUAUAAUGUUCGGGGUACUUCGUCAGUUAAAUACUCCAAAACUUUCCGCUGGAAUUCUGCGAUGGAGUCUUUACAUAUUCAGAUUUAUGGGAGCAGUGGGCUUGAGACUUAAAACCACUUCUGAUAACCGAGUGGCGGUGGAGGAUAGUUCGCUCAAGUGGAAGUGGUCUUCUGCCAUUAUUCGCAUAGGAUGUCAAACUAUAUUUAUGACAAUGUUCUUCAGUUGGGAUGUGCCAAACGUUGAGUAUACGGAACACUUUCUACACCUUAACCGUUUCGUGCUCCAAUUUGGCUGUUGUAUGUCCAUCCUAAGAUUGCAGAUAUUGCAAGGACAAGAGGUCACUAAGUUGGUGAAUAAUUUACUACAACUUUUUCGACGAGUUCAAGACUUUUGCAAUGGAAAUCAUAAUGGCUUUGGAGGAAAAAAUGAACUAAUAGUUUUAUUUUUUAUGAUACUCAGCUUCAUACACGAGGAGAUCUACAUCCUAAAUUUGAUUAAACCCUAUUGGAACCCGCGUGAAAUAAUUGCCGUAUUUGCUGACACCUAUUUAUCCUUUGGCAUUAAAACGCUCACAUACUUCGCCUGUUUGUGGUAUAUAAGUUUGGCCCUGCUAUAUAGCGAUAUAAACGAUUUUGUUAGAUCCGAACUGAGGACUUUGGAUUUACAGCCGACUAAUGGAAAACUUAGAAAGACCCGAAAAAACGUUAGAAAGUGUUUGGAUCUUUACAGGGACCUUAAUUCCUUAGCAUCUGCAUUCCAAAAAUCAUUAUCCGAAGCAAAUAUGAUAUGAUUCUCU